AUGGUUCGACGUGUGGCAGUGGUUGGAGCCGGCAGUUCUGGUCUGGCUUGCAUCAAGAUCUGUGUCGAUGAGGGCCUCGAGCCUGUCUGCUUUGAAAGCAGUGAUGACAUCGGCGGCCUGUGGAAAUUUAAGGAAUCACCUGAGCCAGAGAGAUCCAGCAUCUAUCGCUCCUUGGUGGUCAACACCUCCAAAGAGAUGAUGUGUUUCAGUGAUUUUCCCAUGCCUGCUGACUAUCCAAACUACAUGCACAACUCCCUGCUGCUGCAGUACUUCAGGCUCUAUGCGGAACACUUUGACCUGCUCCGAUACAUUCAUUUCCAGACUACUGUAAGGAGUGUUGCACAAAGGCCAGAUUUCUCUCUGUCCGGUCAGUGGGACGUAGUGACCAUUAACAGGGAUGGAGAGGAAGAGAGACAUGUCUUUGAUGCAGUUCUGGUGUGUUCAGGCCACUACACCCACCCGGCUUUACCCAUGUCAGACUUUCCUGGUUAUGAGACGUUUGCUGGCAGGUGUUUUCACAGCUGGGAGUAUAAAGAUGCAGAUGCCUGCAGAGGAAAGAGGGUGGUGGUGGUUGGCAUUGGCAAUUCUGGAGGUGACAUAGCAGUGGAGAUCAGUAGAUCUGCAGAGAAGACAUUUCUCAGCACACGCCAGGGUGCCUGGGUGAUGGGCAGGAUGUCCACUGAUGGUCUUCCAAUGGACAUGAUGGGUAUCACCAGGUUCAACAACAUCCUCAUACGGCUUCUUCCCAACACUCUGGCCAACUGGGCCGCAGAGAGAGCCCUGAACCCCAAAUAUGACCACAAACUGUAUGGUCUGAAGCCCAGACACGGACCUUUGGACAAAAGGCCUUUGAUCAAUGAUGACCUUCCUAGUCGAAUCCUUCAGGGAGCGCUAGUAAUGAAACCCAACCUGAAAGGAUUCGAGGACUCUGGAGUGGAAUUUGAAGAUGGCACUGUAGAGGAGAACAUUGACACUGUGGUCUUCUGUACAGGUUAUUAUGGAAACUUCCCAUUCCUGCCUCCAGCUUUAUCUGAGGGGCCUCACAGAGAGUUGACAUUGUACAAGACACUGUUUCCUCCGGGUCUAGUACAACCCACACUGGCCGUCAUGGGUCUUUUCCAGACAAAAGGACCAAUCAUACCUAUUGUGGAAAUGCAGGCACGGUGGGCUGUCAAGGUCUUUGCUGGUUUGAGCCGUCUUCCAUGUAAAGAGAAAAUGCUGGAAGUCAUUGAGUGUGAGAGGAAGAGAAACAUGAAAAGCUAUAACUGCCCAAGAAAGGCGGCUCUCCAGGUAGACUUCAUCCCUUAUCUGGAUUUCAUGGCUGAGCAGGUCGGGGUUCGCCCUAACUUCCUGAGACUGCUACUGAGAGAUCCUGUACUGUGGGCGAGGGUCUUCUUUGGUCCCUGCACUCCUUAUCAGUAUCGUCUCUCUGGGCCUGGACAGUGGCCCGGAGCCCGUCAGGCUAUCCUCACUCAGUGGGAUCGGGUGGUUCAGCCAUUCAGAACCAGAGUGGUACCAGAACCAGAGAGCAGGCCGUCUGUCCUAUUUUCUCCCUGGCUGCUCACAUUUGGAGCAGCUGUCACAAUAGCUGUCCUUCUUUCUAAAAAUGACAUCAUUCCAGUGCUGCAGGGUGCAGCCCAGAUUGUGGACAGGUGCAAGACUUUUCUGAGGGACUAACAUGAUGAAAACUGGGUCCAUCUUUAAUAUCCAUAAUGAUUUAAGAUGCACUGAAAGAGUACUUGGGUCUAAGAAAUUCAUGUACUGUAAUUUAUUUUUCUUGUUUGGCAUGCAGAGGGAGAGAGACAGCCUCCCACUUUUAAUGUGUUGUAAAUGUGGUGUAUGUAAUUAAUAUGGUGUUAUAAUAUUGUGAAAGUAAUUGC